AAGAAAAACAUCUAUUUUUGCAGUCUGUGCAGUUAGUUGUCAUUCAAUAUUUAAUUUCGCUUCGUACUUUUGUAGUACGCCUUUAAGCGUUUUUUUGUAUAAAUUAACUAAUAGUUUAUAGUUUUUUUUAAUUAUAAUAUCAAAAUGGAUGUCUUUCUUAUGAUUAGGCGAAAAAAACUUACCAUCUUUACGGAUGCCAAAGAUACAACAACUGUUUUGGAAUUGAAGAAAAUGAUAGAGGGCAUCUUGAAAGUAGCUCCUCCGAGUCAAAUGCUUUUUAACAAGGAUAGUCAGCUCAUGGACGAUGACAAAACUCUGGCAGAGUACGGUCUUACUUCAGCCACUGCCAAAGCUCAAUGCCCGGCACCAAUUGGACUUGCUUUAAGGAAAGAGAAUGGUGAAUUUGAGGCUCUAGAACUGACUCCGUACUCGUCUCCCCCGGACCUGCCUGAUGUUAUGAAAUCCCAGGAGACAAAUGGACAGGAACAGAUGGAUCAACACUAAACAACUCGGCAGCCAACAUGGUAACAUCAGCUCAGUGUCGGAAUGAUUUUCAUACAUUUGUUUUGAACGCGCCGCUAACGGACGGCGACUUUACUACUUUUGCAUAUGAACAUGUUUCUUUAAAAAAAAAACGAUUAAUUCUAAUUAACAGCUAGGUUAUAAACAAAUUGUAUGGAGGGUGUCUAAGUUGUGGACCUAUCGAGUUACACGGUCUGUUUAAUUUAACUUCUUUCUUUAAUCCCUCCGUCCGCAUUAUAUUAAUUUUUAUGACGCUUCACACUAAUGGUUUUUUUGUAGUUUGGUCUACAUGGAAUGCAGGUAUAUUUAAUUCUAGUGUCUUUCAGACUUAACCGGGCAGGCAACUGGCUGCUAGUGGCAGAGUACAGUGAAAUAUAAUGUUAAAGAUGGCAACACUGUCAGUAGUGAGAGCUAGUGUCGUGAUACUUGUAUUUAUUACAACAGAUUGUUGUGAUUCGUCUCUGUAAUAGGUUAUGUCACUUAUUUGAUUAUUUUUUAGCGGGUAACGACAGUUUUUAAUUAAUUUCUCGUCUCGAUCUGUAUAUGUUGACUUUUCAAAUUACAUGCUUAUUGUUUAGUGCCUUCAAAGAAUCAAUCUCCCGUAAUCUGUGAACUAUAUAGUACAAGUUAGUGUCUUUGUCUGUUUGUUAACAUUGCUCGGUACUUCUUUUCCGCUUUUAGUUGAUGGUAUAGUGUGAAAGGAUAUAGUACACCCGAUGAUAUUCACUAGUUUGGUAUAAUAUUUUGCUGGACAAAUGAGAUGCCUUCAUAGACUACAGUGGCACAUAUCCGUUGCAAUAAAACUGUGCCCCAAAACGCGGAAUUGCGUGAAGCGUUCGUCUGACAUUAAUUGUAACGCGUUAUUUAUCUGAUGAUAGUUUUUAGUAUGGACUAUAGUUAAUAGCUAAAUUAAUAGGGUAAUAUAGGGGCUUUUAUAUUUUGGAAUCCAGAAUGUUCUGUAGACAUUUUAGUUUGGAUUCGUUUAAAUGAAUUUUAAAUAACUAGUUCCUGAAAAUUCGUGUUGAAUUAUUUUUUUUUUUUUCAUUUUUUAAGUAUUUGGAAUUUUAUAUUUUUUAUGUUCUAGCCUUUGUAAAGUUCUGUAUGUUCAUAGCGUAUGUGAAAGUAUGUAGUCUAUCAACGCUUAGCACACGACAGAUGGCGCUGUAAGAUGUUUAUACAUUUUUUUCCUGUUUUGUUAACAUCAUUCGCAUAUGUUGUAUAUCACCAUCCAUUUGUAAUUAUAAUUUUUUAAUAAUUUAAUACUAAAUUGUAGUGGCGUCAAUUUGUGUGUUUAGCUAGAUAGAAAAGAAAGUUAACGAAUCAUUUGUUACCAAAUAGAUUUAUUUAGAUUUUUUUUUUCUUAAUAAAUUACACAUUGCACCGUAAAAUAACUCUAGAUUAAAAAAUUAUAAAUAUUGGCAAAUAUUCUAAAAUUAAUUUCAAGAGAUAAUCGUUAUAUUCUCUCUGGCUUGACAUAUUUGCUGGUUUUUUUUUUAACUGAAUCAACAUUCAAGGCAAUAAAGAAAUGUCCUAAGUAAGAUAUUGUAUUUCUCUUCUAAUACCCGUACAUGAUAUGCGACUGCGAACAAAACAUGUGACUACCAACAAAUGUGACUUAAAAUACUUAAUGUGGCGUUUCUUUCAUGUGCAUUAUGAAAAAUCUUAAAAUACCAGCGGAAUUAAAGCUGUUUUCAUUUGUUCAAA